ACUGCAGCAUCAGCAGAGAGGAGAGGGGCACAAUCACUUUCAUAGACAAGAAGAAGAAAAGGCACAAGUAGAUACGGAAGAGAAAAGGAAAGGGACACAAGGAGUCGGCAGAUGAAAGGAGCAUCACUGUGAAGAGAGGAGACCAGCAGGAGGGCGUGGACCUGACCUAAAGAAGAAAAGAAAAAUCGAGAGAGAAAAAACAGAGAGGACAAGAGGGACCAAAGACAUACGAGGCACAGUCAAGGCCUCCUGGAACAAAAAACAUAAACUCACACUUACUCACGAGUGUGUGUGUAUGUGAGUGUGUGUGUGUGUGUGAGAGAGAGAGGUUGCCCUCAUUGUACAUUUGUUUUACUGUACGUGUGUGUGAGCAGGUGGGACUUUGAUGGGACAGUGAGCAAUGCCUCACACACAACGACAGCAGGUUGGCAGUAGGGGGCAGUGCUCCUCACGCCUUCACCUCCCCCUCCUCCUCCUCCUCUCUCUUGCUGCACAGCCCAGCCGAGCAGCCAUACACAUACCCUCCAACUACCACAUAAGUGAUCUCAAAAGGCCUCCAGUGAUCACCACACAGCCAGAGUCUGUCACCGUCUUCAGUGUUGAAGACCUCGUCAUGAGCUGCGAAGCCUCCGGCAACCCUUCACCCAUUUUCCGAUGGACAAAGGAUGGAAAGGAGUUUGACCCAGGCAGUGACCCUGAGCUGAAGGUUUCUGAACAACCUGGUUCAUCUGCAUUCUACACACUCAGUAAUACUAUGGACACCCUAAAGCAGUACCAAGGCAAAUAUGUCUGCUAUGCAUCCAAUGAGCUGGGGACAGCCGUGUCUAACGAGGCCAUACUCCACACUGAUGCUCCCCCUUCCCAGCAGAAAGAAAAAAAAGGCAGCGUGAAGGCUGAAGAGGGAAACAGUAUUGUUCUGAAGUGCAACCCCCCACAGAGCUCUUUGCAGCCUAUCAUUCACUGGAUGGACUGGAGGCUACAUCAUAUCCUGCUAAGUGAACGAGUGGUGGUGGGAAAGGAUGGCAACCUGUAUUUUGCCCAUGUGACACCUGAAGACAGCAGGGAUGACUACACCUGCAAUGUCCAGUACCUGGCAACACGCACCAUUCUGGCUAAGGAACCCAUCACUCUUACUGUCAAUCCCUCUAACUCCGUCCUGCGGAACAGGAGGCCCCACAUGCUGAUACCUACUUCAAGCCACAGCACUUACCAUGCCCUCAGGGGCCAAACCAUUGAGCUCGAGUGCAUCGUCCAAGGCCUUCCAACUCCCAAAGUGUCAUGGGUGAGGAAAGACGGUGAACUGUCUGAAUCCCGAAUCACUAAGGAUAUGUUCGACCGCCGCCUGCGCUUCAGUAAUAUCUCCGAGAGUGACGGGGGCGAGUACCAGUGUAUAGCUGAAAACUCUCAAGGGAAAGCCACACACACUUACACUGUGACUGUGGAAGCGUCUCCCUAUUGGACCAAUGAGCCAGUCAGUCAGUUAUAUGCUCCAGGUGAGACUGUCAAACUAGACUGCCAGGCAGAUGGCAUCCCUACUCCUACCAUCAGAUGGACCAUGAAUGGGAUCCCACUCUCAGGAACCGAUAAGGAACCCAGACGUACUCUAACACCAAGUGGAUCUCUAAUCCUAAAGGAUGUCAACUUUGGAGACACUGCCAUCUACCAGUGCCAGGCCUCCAACAAGCAUGGAGCCAUCCUCACCAACGCCAACGUCUAUGUCAUUGAGCUGCCUCCCCAGAUCCUUACUGAGGAUGGGAAUACAUACACAUUUGUAGAGGGCCAAAAGGCUUUACUGGAGUGUGAAACUUUUGGCUCUCCCAAACCUAAAGUCAUAUGGGAGAGCGACAGCUCCUCCUCCCUUCUGGCAGAUCCCAGAGUUAACCUGCUCACCACUGGGGGGCUUGAGAUCUCUAAUGUCACCCAUGAUGAUGUGGGCAUCUACACCUGCUCUGCACAGAACAGCAACUUGUCUGUCAGUGCCGAUCUAGAAGUGCUCAACAGGACAGUGAUCCUGUCACCCCCACAGGCUCUGAAGGUUCAGCCUGGAAACACAGCAAUCUUCACUUGUCAGUCCCUCGUUGAUCCCAAACUCGGCCCUCCACAGAUUCAGUGGAGAAAGAACGACCAGAAGCUCUUUGAGUCCCACAGUGACGAAAAAUACACAUUUGAAGGACCAGACCUGAUAAUAGCUAAUGUGGGACCAGAUGAUGAGGGCGUGUACACCUGUCAGGUCAUCACUAAGCUGGACAUGGCUGAAUCCAGCAGCACCCUCACUUUAUGUGAUCGUCCAGACCCUCCUGCCCUCCUCCAGAUCACUGAUGCUAAACGUCGUGCCGUUACUCUCGCCUGGGCUCCUGGAGAUGACCACAACAGCCCUGUGCUAGAGUAUGUGGUUGAGUUUGAGGAUCAAGGUUCGAAGGAAAGAGGUUGGGAAGAGCUGAAGAGAGUGGGAGGAAACAAAAAGCGUGCAAACCUCUCUCUCUGGCCAUACAUGUCCUACCGUUUCCGGGUCAUUGCUAUCAAUGAUGUAGGCAAGAGUGACCCCAGCAAGCCAUCUGACAUCCACAACACACCUGCUGAAGCUCCAGACAAUAACCCUGAAGAUGUUAGGAGUGAGUCCACAGAUCCAGACACUCUGGUCAUCACCUGGGAGGAAAUGGACAAACGUAAUUUCAAUGGACCUGACUUCAAGUACCGUGUGCUGUGGAGGCGAGUGGUGGGCAGUGGGCCUAACUGGCACACCAAUUACACAACGGCACCGCCAUUCACAGUCCACGACAUUGGCAACUUUUCUGCCUUUGAGAUUAAAGUUCAGACUGUCAAUGAGAAAGGGGACGGACCCGAGCCAGACCCCAUCAUUGGCUAUUCAGGCGAAGAUGUUCCACUGGAGGCUCCAAUGGAUGUGGGUGUCGUGCUAAUGAACAGCACUACCAUCAGAGUGACCUGGGCAGCAGUAGAGAAAGAGACGGUCAGAGGACACCUGCUGGGAUACAAGAUCUAUUUGACCAGAAAAGGCUCCCAGGGACACCACCGAGCACGGAGGGCCAGGGAGCAAGAGAGCACUGUGGUGGUUGAGACUGGGGCCAACGAGGAGAAGAAGGUGAUCGGUGGUCUCCGACCCUUCUCCCACUACGCCCUGGCCGUCACCGUAUUCAACAGCAAGGGAGAGGGACCCCCAUCUGAGAGCCUGUCCUUCAUGACUGAUGAGGGAGUUCCUGGUCCUCCUAUGUCCCUAAUGCUGGACAGCCCAUCAGAGACCGAAAUGACCCUCCGCUGGACGCCUCCUGACCAGCCCAAUGGAAUCCUCACCGGAUAUCUACUGCAGUACCAACAGAUUGUGGAGAGUGAUGAUAGCCCCAUGCAGGUAGAGGCAAUAGAGGACCCCAUGCUCACUCACCACACCCUGAAGGGAUUGGACCGUCAUAGCCAUUACCGCUUCUACCUGAGGGGCCGCACUGCUGCAGGGGAUGGAGAGCCCAUCAGGAGAGAGGGUGCCACCAUGCUUGAUGGAGUGCCUCCUGCCAACUUCAGCCUGUCCACGGGAGAAAAGUCAGUUAACAUCAGCUGGUUGGCCAAGAAGAGACACAGGAAUGUUAGCUUCCAAGUCCACUACACCAAAAAAAAUGGUGACCGCAAAUCGAAAACAGCAGUGCUGAACUCUUCUCAGUCUUUCUACCAGCUCCAGGGCCUGACCCCAGGCUCUGAUUAUCAUCUAAACUUCACCUACAACAACAGCACCUUCUGGGAGACUAACAUCAAGACAGAGGGAACAGGAGUGACGGAGAUGCAGCCAAGCUUUGCAACACAGGGUUGGUUCAUCGGUGUUGUGAGUGCCAUUGUGUUGCUGCUGCUUAUACUGCUCAUCCUCUGCUUCAUCAAGAGAAGUAAAGGGGGGAAGUAUUCAGUGAAAGAUAAAGAAGAGGGUCCGAUGGACUCAGAAGCGCGGCCUAUGAAGGAUGAGACUUUUGGAGAGUACAGAUCUCUAGAAAGUGACCUUGAGGAGAAGCGCACGGCCAGCCAACCAUCCCUUGGCGAGGACAGCAAACUGUGCAGCGAGGACAACUUGGACUUCAACGGCAGCAGUGCCAUAACCACAGAGCUCAACAUGGAUGAGUCUCUGGCCAGCCAGUUCAGUCGUCCCAGCGUGGGCCCAGACAACUCUCUGCUCCACCCCACCACCGUCUCCCCAGCCAACAAUGGCGUGCCCAACUCUGUCGCCAUCCUUGAUUAACCCCAUCACAUCCAUCGGGGACCAUCAGACCAAAACAUGUCAACACAUAUGUGCCCAUAAGCUCCUGUUCCUUACCGACUUUCAGAUCUGUAGUUUAACGACUAAUACACAAUCAAUAUCUUGACUAUUCAGAUGCACCUGGCAGUCAUCUGAUCGACUGGACUGUUUUGACCAAAGGAGUGUCCAAAGUAUUGGGCAGUGUGAUAAGAAGUUGACUGACCUGAAGAUGUCCUUUGACCCCUCUCUCCCUGCUCUAUCUGUGUGGUUUACAACAUAUCUUAAUGACUAACAUUCAUUUCUCUCCUUUUCUUCUUUAUUGUUUCUCUCCGCAGACAACUCUAUAGAAAGAUCAAAACAGAAUGUUAUACAGGUAGACAUAUCAGAGGGAUUGUAGGUGUGGUCCUAUAGAGAUGCAGAGUAGUACAUUGAAGGAGGAGGAUGAUGAUGAUAAUGGCAGAGCUCAGUGUGAGGAAACAGAUGGCCCACUCUGCUGUAAAAAGUCUUGAAUCUUAGAUAUUUAUCAUGCCUUAUAUUAUUUCACACAUCAUUUUACAUGUCUAUUUUCAUGUCUCAGAUUCUACUUUCCAAUGACAUUUUUUUAAAUUUUUUUUACAAAUGUGUUUGAAUAUGAAACAUCUUUUUCUUAUCUUUUAUUUAUAUCAUCAGUUUUUCAUAUUGUUUUCUACACUAUUUGCUAAAAAACUCAUGACUUCUCUUUACUGACAUAUUUCAUAGAUAAGUGAAGCCAAGUUUCUUACUAUAAAUAACAUUGGAUGCAUAAGGAGAGCUUGCUGUGAAAAUGCUGAGUAGCAUCUGGUGUAUAUAGCUGCAUCUACAUCUACCUAUUUAGCCAUAAUACAGUAUUAUAGAUAUGUACAUGCUCCUUAUAAGUUCCUGUGCCUGCUGGGUCUGCAUAGAGCACCAGACUGAUGUCAUUACUCUCUCGCCUUUCCACCAGAAGUGUAAUGUCAUUAUUGGAAAUGAUAUUGUAAUUUUUUGUGUCGAGACCUACGUGUAGCUUUCUGUAUCUGUCUUUGUCUCUUUCUACACUGUAUUAAAAACACUGUUGUCUCUACUGAACAAUCUUUUCAUACCCGUCCAUCUCAUAUGACACAAACCGUUCAAGGGGCAGUAUUCAUGUAUAUUUACAGAUAGGAGAGUGAAGUCUUGUGGACAAAUACUCUCAAGUUCUAUUUUCAAACCCUCAUCAAUGUAAACUGACAUUGCAGACAGGCGUGACGAUUACCAGUCGGUGUAUAAUAAAGGCACGAAGCUGGCAUUUGUCACAUCAAACACAGAGAAUGUAUUCUUUUUAGAGCUGGACAGAUGUUGUAUUUACAUACUGCUGAUUAAAAUAAUUUGAGCUAGAAGCUACUGGAGAGAUAAGAGUGGUUAUGAGAAGACCUGGAAGGACAGUUUUUCCCCUACAGAAUGUAAAUACCACCAUUACAGAUUGUUUUGAUGAACCCAACAAUGUUUGAUAUAGAAAUGUGAAAAAAAUGUGCAGCUUUGAAACCACUUAAUUUAAAAAUGUUGCAAGUUGUCAUUUUUCUUUUUUGUACUAUUGCUAUGGAUUCAAACUUUCAGUUUUUGACUAAUGAUUGCAGUGAGAUUUGGCUGUUUUAGCAAAAAUAGUUCAUAGUUGAGGAAAAAAAAAAUAAAAAGGAAAAAAAAUCACCAUUGUUCUGUAGAUGUUUGCAAACAUUUCAAAAUUUCAAAC